GACUCGACCACCUUGUACAGUAGUUGUGUUAUUAUGCUUUUGAUAUGAUGGAAGGCAGCGUGAAUAACAGCACGUGGGAUGGGUUUGAAACGAUGGUUGUACCCGAUGUAGAGUCGCAUGAUGCAUCGGUGUUCCUCGGUGUUCUCCUGGUUCUACUUUCAGCUAUUAGUAUUCUAGGGAACAUUGCGACUAUAUGGGCUUUCAAAACCAACCAGAAACUCCGCCAUAAUCAGAGCAAUCUACUGAUUCUUGGACUGUCAUGUUUCGAUCUUGUCAUUGGUGCUACUGGGCUACCUGCUGCUGCGAUCUACACUGGGUUUGGUACCUGGCCACUAGGAAGGGAUGUUUGUGUGAUCAAUGCUCUAUUCUCAGUAGUUGGGGUGUCUGGUGCGAUGUAUACCGUCACAGCUAUCAACAUAGACCGUUACCUACUGGUCUCAAGAGAUUACUCGGCCUAUUUACGAAUCCAAUCUUCAAGAAACUUGAAACUACAGAUUGCUGGGUUCUGGUUGCUGGCAUGGUUGAUCAGCUUGAGUGAAACGAUUAUCUGGACUGCUGGUGGAGUGGCAGAGGUUGAGAAACUCAUAGACUACACGAAGGAGUGCCGCUCGCCGGUAAGAACCGACCCUCAGUUUGCUAUUGCAACCUCAGUUAUCCUCUUUGCUAUUCCAUUCUGCAUCAUGAUCGUAUCCAAUCUACGUUUUGUUGUCUUGUUCCGACGACGUCUUCGUAGACGUUAUACCUCCAGUAUGACGAGCAGCAAUGCUGCAUCAAAAAAGGAAGACCCACCGGGAACCAAGACGUCUGGACAGAAAGAGAAUGAUAAUCAAGCCAACCCGGAGGAACUCCAAGCAAUGACAUCGAACAAACCUCCUGAAGACGAAGAUGAACCCCACCCUAAUGAAGAUGGACCUCACCCUAAUGAAGAUGGACCCCGCCCUACUGAAGAUGGACCCCACCCUGAUGCAUCCAGCCCUGCACCUCUCAUUAGUAAACCCAACGCUAACCAAAGUCACCACCCUGAUUUAAGGAAGAAGUCUAGUUCUGCCAAGAUGAAGAAUAGAUACAUAAAACCCGCUGUAAGACUUGCAAUUCUUAUGAGUGUCUUCGGAUUUUGUUCUCUUCCUUAUCCUAUAUUCGUCUUAAUAGCUGAUACAAAAUGCAGUGAUUGUGCCGUAGUGGUCGCUAGAAACCAUCUCUCCAAUUUGUUACUUGCAAACUCAGCUCUCAACCCAUUUGUGUACGCCGUGAUGCAUCGUAAGAUAAGACAGUUUUACUCUCAAAAAUUCAAUUCAAUUUUUCGUCGACGAAAACGUUAUAUUUAGAAGUAUUUUUGAGGGGACUGAACUCGUUUUUUGUAUUGCAUCAGAACAAGGAAAUUGUAAUUUGACUGAAUAUGAACGGACGCAUAAUGUGUGUAUCAAUAACACACAUUUAUUCUCGUAGCCCAAGGGAUAUGAAUAGAAACAAAACUACGAAUUAAUUUAUAGUUUCAGGAUUUGAUCAUUUCAAGCAGAUUUAGAAUAAAGGAUCUAACAGUCAGUUGGAUACAGCGGUGAAAUACAACGGUACAAACAAGGGGAGACUUGGAGAAAUGAAAACUCCCAAGUCCUGCUAAAAUUUCUGAUUUUAAGGAUUGAUUUAUUAGGUUUUCUUUCAGUUGUAACUGAAACUGAAAAUCUGGUUUUAUCCAAUUAUAAAUAUUGUUUUUAAGCAAUGUUCAAACUCAAACAUUGGUUAUUACAAAUUUAUGAUCUUUUACUCCAAAAAGGAGGUAGUGAAUUGUACACAAUUUGACAUUUAUUGUUCGUCAGUUUAAAAUAUAUCGUGUAUUAUAGAUGGUGGUCCGUAGGGGGUUUCACUCUAAAUCAAGCCAGUGUUUCGAUUUUACAUCUUAAUGUAAUAAUAAAGGAGCAUUGUUUAUACAUCUCAUCACAAUGCUAUUGUAAAGAUACAACUAGCAAUCAUAUUGCAAUCUGUACUAUAAAUUUAAAUUGAAAGUAUUUACAUAUAUAGGGGCCUUCGGAAAAUAAUUUAUAAGAGAGAAAGUUUACCAAUAUUUAUUAAUAAUUAUAAUUGUAAUGUUAUCGUUUUAAGAGCAAUUCCGAGGAUGGUAGGAUGGUUUCAUGGAUAAUUUGAGGUGAAAUCAGAUAUUAAGAGUACUUUGCAACUAUUAUGAUGUGGGAAACAAUGUACCAAUUAAUCCCCAAUCCCCACCCAAUCAACUACAUCUCAUAUUUAAGUCAAAUCUAUAAUCGAUAAAUGGUCAAAUGAAAUAUACUGCAUGCACUUGCACAUACAGAAUGUUCUUGUGUGCAUUUUGGUAGAAGGGAUUCGUUUCCUGAAAUCGGUGUUUCAUUCAUCAAUAUUUGAGGAAAUGUAAGUUUAUUUCGUUUAAAGGUAACAUUAAACGCAGUCUUAUAUCAAGAGUUUGGUCGCACAAACCCACACUAGAUGUGACACAGAAAGAGAAGACAAUUCGUUUCUGCAUUUCGUUUACAAUUAGUACUGAAGUUUGACUUAUUUCAAUUUCCACUGAUUAGUUUGUCUGAAAUAAGAAACAAAUCAAAUGAGAAAAUGUAUGUAGGCCUACAUAUUGCCAGCUGGGCCCAAAUUC